AUGAAUUCCACACAUGUGUUCUUCAACAACGAUGGCGAGGAGCGAGAAUUCAUCACACGACGAAAGCUCCAAAGCAUCAGAAACCGCACGAGGUUCCUGAAGGAGUGCGUGAAGGAGCAAGUUCUCCCUCGCAGUGCACCCCCCCCCCCCAUCUCAAAGUGUUACCUGAGGGAAGGGAUUAGUGAGUGCAUCGACGAGAUGGAGAUGCUGAGGAGCCGCCUUCCGGGAAUCCACCUUCCCCACAGACUCGUCCUCGAACUUAGAAAAGAGGACGAGUCACAGAAGGCGAGACACAAGAGGUUAUUAGAGGUAGCUUGUACCAACAAUGGGUGGUCUAAAGUGGUGCGUGAUGAUAUGAUAAUUAAGCUAUCACACAAACCUCUCACAGACACUCAAAGAAAUCUCUCUGCAUUAGAAAGAGGAUUCCUGCAGGGAGUUGUGACCUGUGCAGUCGCCGCCGCCAAAGAUCGCGAGCCUGCCAUUCCUGCUAGGUACACCAGGACCCUACAGGAACUCGGCAGAGACGAAUCUAUCGUCAUUGCUCCGGCUGACAAGGGUGGCGGUGUCGUAAUUAUUGAUAACACUGAUUAUGUCUCAAAAAUGGAAAUACUGCUCUCUGAUGUUUCUACUUACAGAAAAGCCAAAAGAGGGAAUGCGGAGGAAAGAUCCCUUGAAUUCAACAGAGCAACAAAGAAGGUCCUGAGAGGUUCAGAGAAGGGAAAGUCCAUGCUCCACCUGCUCGAGGAGACGCCACGCGUACCAACGAUCCGUGGGAGCAUCAAGACCCACAAGGAAGGUAACCCUGUGAGACCCAUCACCAACGGGACCGGAAGUGCUCCACACCGCCUGGCUAAGAAACUCGCAGCUCCUCUGUCAGCCGCCCUAAACUCCAUCAGCGGUUGCCAUCUAUCGAACACCUCGGAUAUGAUGGCCAAACUACAAGGUGUCGGCAUGAAGUGCAAAAAGCUCGUCAAAAAGCUCGAACUACCACUACGGAUAGAUGACUACAUCGAACUCACCCGUCUCUGCGUGGAGUUUGGCCCUAAACGCAAGCAAAUACAUCUUGUUUAUGCUCCCAAAGUUUUGCCCAAAAAACCUUAUCCAGACAAGGAACAGAGAGGAACGAAAAAAUAUUACAUACCUCAUUUAAUUAAUGAUUCCCCAAGCAAGUACUAA